AAAGAAAACGCACAGCAGCACCUCCUCCUCAUCCGGCUGGCUACUUGCUCUCAAACGCUGCACCAGCGCGGCGAGAACGCUAUUGCCAGCGUCAAUACGAGCGAACAAAUCAACAGCUCGGCUGCACGCCAUCCUACAGGGACCCGCUCGCUCCUUGGUGCUUGGACAUUUGACAUCUCGCAGUUCCAACCAGUGUCUCUCGCCUCGUUCUCCUUCUCCAUCGAAGCCGCAACCGGACACUCGAAAGGUAUGGCUGCAGCGCUGGAGAGAUGAGCUCAUCAUCUCCUCCCACGCAAGCAUCGUCCUUUAGCGCUUCCUCGCACCACAUCCAUCGCGCACCGCGUCUCGAGUCGUCUCACCACUCCGCCUGCAAGGAGACGCAUUCAACCACUACCUCCUCCGCCGCCGACGCUGCCGCUUUGGGGCCCCUGCAUACACAUACACAUCCGCUCCGCGCGCGUUCCAGUUCGGACGUCAGCAGAAGCAGGUGCCGACCCAGGUCCAGCAGCUGCAGCAGUCGUCGCCGCCGCAGUCUUAGCCAAUCUUCCAGCAGCAGCAGCAGUGGCAGUGACAGUGACAGCGGCCAAGGCACGCGCAUCUCAUCCACUACCGGCCGGCAGUCGCUGUCGACGACCUUCUCGCAGACGACCGCGACCGACGGCGACCCGUCGCUGCUGCUCCAGCUCCAACUCCAACUCCAACAUCAGCAGCAACAGCGCCAGAUCCAGCAGCAGAUCGCGUACCUCCAGCGCUCCACGUCCGCCGUCGGAGCAGGGCUGCGCCCUCCAGGCGCACGUGGACUUGCCUUUGGCAUUGUCGAGACAGGGAGCGGCGCCGUGUCAGCCGCGCGCGCCUUCUCGCCCCUUGCCAACCAGCGCAGCCCAUCUUCCCUCGGCAGCGGCAGUGUCCUAAACCACCACGCACACACACACCCUUCCCCAGCUUUGCCUAUACGAGCAGGUGCACAGCAGCAGCAGCAGCAGCAAUCACCACCACAGCAACAGCAGCAACAACAACAACAACAACAACGAGCCAUGCCGUCAUCCACACACACGCCCUUCUUCUCCGGGCCCAGCACGCCAUUCCACGCCGCCGCGACCACCGAUGGCAAUCUGCGGCCGGCGUACCUGGACGAGAGCGGGCUGAGUCCGGAAGAGUACUCUGCGUACGUCCCUGCGCUGCUUCAGCUCAAGGAGAGCCCGAGCGGUGUAGACGGCUUGUAUGACGAGCAGGACGCGCUCCGCUUCCUGCGCGAACAGUGUGGGAUCGAGCUACGUGAUGAGGCGAUGAUCAUGGCGCUCUUCGAACGGACGCCGCUCGGCAUCAAAACGGGCCAUUUUUUUGCGUGGAUGCGCCUUGCAUCUUGGGCCCAGCAAGGGCAAAUACCUUGCAAGUCGCUCCUGUUCACGCAGACGAUCCCAACGCGCACCAUUGCGACACGCAAAGCGUCUGGGUGCACAAGGGAGCGCCCCUCCAACGUCGGGCAGCCCCCGCCGCCGAUGAUCUCCGUGUCAAACUCGCUCGGCGACAUACGCAGCGAGGCGUUAGAUACCCUUGUCUCGCCACCGCCACCGCCGGAAGGCAGCAUGCACGCCUAUACGCGCGCACAGACACAGCAUCCCCCGUCCGCGAUGGCCCCAUUCGCGUCGCCGCCACCGCCCGCGUCGCUGUCGCAGCCCGUGACACGGCAGUCACAUCGGCACGCGUCGAAUUCGCACUCGCACCAACAGCAGCAAUUGGCGUCGCCACCGCCGCCUGCCGUCCCAUCCUCGAGCGCCAAGCCGCACCCAAUGGCGAUUAGCGGCGCCGGCAGGCUGUCGCUCCCCCCACCACGCUCCGAGACGGCAUCCAAGCCGAUGCCUCCGCUGCCGCCAGGCGCGUUAGCCGAAGCCAAGGCGUCCAGUUCGAACCCCUUCCGCGACCAGGCGCCGCAAGCUGUGCCGGCGCGGCCGCCGUAUGUCGUGCUGCAAGCGCAUCCAUACGUGCUGCAUCAUGCCGCACCCGCGCUACCGACACCCGCGCCGCCGCAGCCGCCCAAACCGGGCCAGCUGCCGAUCGACGCACUGCUCGGUUUCAACCCGGCGCCGAACCCGUUCAAGCAGAGCAAGCCUCGCAUCGUACGUCCCACGCCCGUCGUCGCAUCCGCCGCAGCGCCGGUGCCCAACCCAUUCCGCACACCCGUCCCACGCGACAGAGGCGAUUCGGGUGCCAGCUCGCGCAGUCCCAGUGCGAGCGUCCUCGAUGGCCCCAGCGCUGCCGCCGCUGGCGGUUCGCAGUGGGGCGGCGACAUUCAGCCGCGCCUGUCAACCGUGCUCGAUCGGCUGCCACCGCCACUACCGCCGCGCGCGCCGAUCAGCCCGCUGAUCCAGGCCGGCCUGAACGCCGCCAGCGAAGUACAGCGCGCCAAGCAGGCGCUCCCGCCCAAGACGUACACGACCAUCCAGAGGUCCUCGACCGUCGCGGCCAAGCCGAGCAAGGCGUCCAGGCGCGAAGCUGCGCCCCGUCUUCUCACGGGCCAGGUCGCGCCUCCAGAGGUGAUCGCGCCGCUUGCCCUCGCGGCGCAGCAGCAGUUCGAGCAGCUGUAUGGCCUCGGCUCCGUCUCUGCGUCGCAAGCCGGUGGCAGCGGCCACAUCAAGCGCAAGAGCCUCGGCGGCGGCAGCUCGACGCACGGUCAGCGCCGCAGCGUCAGCGAGGCCGCGACGACGCUCGUAAGGCGCACCAGCGAGGAGGACGAGGUGAAGAGCAUCAAGAGCCGCACCGGGCACGUGCGCACCUCGUCCUCCGUCACAAACCGCACAGCCACACGCUCGCCGGACGUAUAUGAGCCCCCAACCGGUCGGCGUCUGUCCAAGCUGAACAACGACGUCGAUGGCGCAGACACUCAAGCGACGCGCGCCAGCAAGGGUAACAUACCUAGCUGGCUCCAGGAGCAGGACGAGAUUCAGCGUUCCUGCGCCCGGGACAACCAGCCAAGCCCGAUACCCGAAGAUAUUCCGCUUGAGCUCGAUUCGCCCAGCGACGAGAUGAGCGAAAACGCCAUGUCCGCCGCGAGCAUCGAGCGCCCCUCGAACCCCUUUAACCAGCGCAACGAGCACACAGCCGCGCCGCCACCGGCGUCCCUCAAUGACCACCGCCCGCUCGGUCGUAGCAAGACGCUCAACAACAAGAACCCGCCACCUGCGCCUCCGCGCCGCAGGCUGGAGAGCUUCCCUUCGUCGGGCACGGUGCAAAUACGGAAGGCCACCGUCGUCGCAGACGUCGAAGCUCAGGGCGCCUCGUCGCUGCGGCGCGUCUCAUCGAAGAAUAGCACACCGCGCGCAGUCGACCGGCCACCACCGAUCGAGGAGGAAGUCACUGGUGUCGGCAGCGCCGACAAAUCGGCAAGGCAGUUCGAGGGCAACACGGCAGCCACGUCGCCUGCUUCGCCGGCCAAUGCGCCCGCAGCGGCUCCCGAUAGCAACCCCCCACGGCCCAAGUCGAUCACCCUCCACAGCCGCCCCCCAAGCGCGUCACAUAGCGCCAUUGUCGCUCAGCAGAAUGGAGCCCAUGGCAAUGGAGCUCAUGACGAUGGGGAAGCCGAUGACGGCGACACUGAUGCUUACGAGGAUAUCACUAACGGGCACGGGCGGAACGGCGUUCUGUCCGACGAUGGAGACACAAACAGCAUCGACGAGUGAAUGUGGUACUGGAUUCCACAUCUCUCUGCCCCUUUAACCGCUGUCUCGCGCGUUGUAUCUCUUCGCGUGAAAUCUUCACCUGCCCCCCUUUCUGACGAUUCGAUCACUUUCGACUUGUUCCGACUCUUGGCCAAGCUGCCAGCUCGACAAAAUUGUGUACUUCUCGCCCUAUUCCACCGAUUCAAAGCACCUUCCUAGCAAGUGCAUCCUCACCAUCCCACAUUAUCUUGAUACACCAGCA